UAGCAAUUAAUUCAUAAUCACCAUCUUACGCGCUGCCCGCGACGAUUGCAAAAUUGGAGGGAGCAUCGAUUAACUCACUUCAGGAAACCAAACAAGCCUCGGCGGCAGCAUGUCCAACGAUGGCAACGACGGCCCCGCGCGGCUCUCGCUGACGAUGCGAGAGCAGGCCGCGGUGAAAUACACCUGGAUUCCCGGCUUCUUUGCCCGCUCGUCCAGCUUCAGCGACCUCCCAUUCUUCGAUGCGAUGCCCGCGCGUCUUUCCAGCCAGCUCGCCGCGGCGUCCCGGCGGCAGCAGCUGCGUCUCGACUUCCGGCCGGGCGACUGCGAGACGGCGGCGGGACUCCGGAAUUGCACCGAGGUGUGCUCCGAUCCCACCGCGCUCUUCACGCCGCAAAACCUUCCCGCCUGCGUGCUGCUCGCCAGCGCGGCGCUGCUGGUCCAGAACGAGACCUACACGGUCGAUCGGUCGGACGCGACGACGCUCCGGACCAUCGAGGCGUGGCACGUGCCCGAUCUCAUCAGGUACAACGCCACCGGCGUGCUUACGAACGUGGCCAAAUGCGUCUCCGAGUCUUGUGCCGUGUCGACGCUGGGGGAGUGCAAGGACGACGUACGGGCCCUGGAGGGCGUUCGUAUCAUCGCCAAUAAUCUGGUCAACAUCUCUGCCAGGCUGGGACGCUAUUGCAGCGGGACGAAACCUGACAUAAACCCCGAUAUAGCCGGGCCCGGGGUCAUGGUCUCCUACUUCUUCCAAGCGAGCCUUGCCCUCUUGUUCUUCGUGCUCACGAAGCUCCUGUCGACCUGGACUGGUAGGGCCGUCACUCUCUUCCGCCGCUGCGACGGCAGCCCGGACCCCCACAGGCAAGGCGCGCAACUCCAGAGCAGGCUUGCCUCGUCUAAGCCCGGCGCCGCCAUCACCUCGUCACUGGUCGAGUUCCAGGAGGUGCAGAUCUACUUCGUGGCCGUGGUGCAGAUCGCCGCCCUCAUCAGCUUCAACCCGGCCAACCCCAGUGCCGGCAGCUCCAACCAAAACUCCUUCAGCAGCGCCCUCCUCAAUUCCAUAGCUGUGAGCGAUCUCGGCAUCUACAGCACCUUCGGCACCCUCCUCACCCAGUGCUGCCUGCAACGCGCCAAUAUGCACUGGUGGUACACCUUCGUCAUCAUGUCUGUCACCUACGUGCUCGCGCUCACCAUCUUCUCCCGCAACCCCAGCCUCUUGCCGCCUACUGACGGCCUGUGGACGAGCUUCAAGGCUAGCGCCCCACUAGCCCAGUGCGGUUUCAAUCCCAGUCCCAUGACGUACUGCAGCCUGUCCUACGAUAGCUACAAUAACCUCUUCAGUUCCGGAGGGAGUGCUGGUGGUAUUGGGCUUGCGACGUUUGGCGCAGUCGCCUGGUGGACCUUACUGAUCGACCAACUAGCCUUCAGUAUCCGCGAUAAGCUCCCGUACGUGGCCAGGAGACUGAGCAGCCUGGAUCGGACAGGCAUCUUCGGGAGGGUCUUGAAAAGCAGGACCUGGCCGUGGAUGCUCUCCUUGUAUUGGGGCUCAGUCCAGGGGUUCCUACUCUAUGGGACGGCCGCUUACCUGGGUACGCUUGUCCGUGUGGUUUCGAGGACGAGCAUCGGCGAUACCGCGAACUGGACCUUCGGACAGUUCAUUUCCGUCACCGUCUGGGCACCGACCAUCAUAAAAUUCAUCUAUUUCAACAUAUUCGGUGUCAAGGAAGGAUUCGAGGAGCGGAUCUCGAAGGACUACACGAUCAGUCGAAAUACAGAGGCGAGCGAGGCACCCGAGGCCCUUCCCCUUCACAAGUACGGUGUGGAUUUGCGUCAUGCUUCGACCUAUCCGUUCCUCGGUCAUGGGGACAGGCCAUCGUCUCCGGCAAGCCAGGCAGCUGACGAGGCAACGGAUAGCGAGCAAAGCAGGGUAGGUGGAACACAGCGACAGAAGUAGAUCGGGAAAUGUAUCGGAGCACGUGUAUACAUAGCCGUCCUCUCCAUGCAUGCCAAACUCUUGUGCGCGUCCCGUCCCCUGAGCAGUUUAGGAGCGUGGGUGACUGGGGGUUGGUGAGGGCAACUCGUGCGUAAAAACAACA